AUGGCUUCAGAUAUUCCCAAAGUUGUGCCUUUAACUUGUCAUGGACACUCUCGUCCUGUGCCCCAUAUCAGUUUUUCGUCCACGGUUGAGGACGAUCAGUACUACCUUGUUUCUGCUUGCAAAGAUAACAACCCUAUGCUUCGGGAUGGAAUUACCGGUGAUUGGAUCGGCACGUUUCUCGGACACAAAGGAGCGGUAUGGCAAGCUCGCCUGUCAACUGAUGCCAACAUAGCCGCAACUGCUGCUGCGGACUUUUCUGCUAAGGUUUGGGAUACCCACACAGGCGAAUGCCUCCAUACCCUCCAGCAUGCGCACAUCGUCCGAGCGGUCGCAUUUCCCCUCCAACCCUCCCCGCAAGUCCUCGCAACCGGCGGCUACGAGAAGAAACUCCGAAUUUUCGAUUUGACCCGCAGCGGCGGCAGCAACAGCUCCUCCCCAACAGCCCCCUCAGCGCCCACAGCAGAAGAUGGCUCGUCCUUAGCAACAAGCUACGAAAUCGGCCCCGGCGCCCACGGCGGCACCAUCAAAUCCAUCAUCUGGAACCGCGACUACAAUAUCCUCACAACGGCCGCGGACGACCGCAAGAUCCGCUGGUGGGAUCUCCGCUCCCGCCACCCAGUCGUUGAGUUCUCAGUCGAAGGAAACAUCGGCAGCUGCGAACUCAACACCCUCGCAACCCGCCCCAAUGACACCGGUAUCCUGUCUGUCGCUGCCGGAAAGAGCGUCUACCUAUUUGACGGCCAUGCCCCAGGGAGACUCCUCAAGAAGCUCGACUUACAGUAUGAGGUUGCCAGCGCAGCGGUGAAUAAUGACACUGCCCGGUUGGUGACUGGUAGUGCGAACGAUACAUGGGCGCGUGUGUACGACCUGCAUACGGAUGAGGAGCUAGAAGUCCAGAAGGGCCACCACGGCCCAAUUUGGUCAGUGAGCUUCUCGCCCGACGGUAAACUAUACGGCACGGGUAGUGAAGACGGUACAAUUAAGCUCUGGAAGGCAUGCAGAGAGCCAUAUGGCCUGUGGCGCUGA